AUGGCAGUUGCUGCAGCCCGUUCGACCCGAAUAGGUCGUAUCCAUGGUAUCUGCAGGGUCGCAACUUUCUGUCACAUGCAGACUGCCCACGCCGCGCUUUCAGAGAGGGUUGUAGAACGCCCCCUGGUUCAUGACCUCGCCGCACAUCGUACGAGACCGGCUCCCGAGCCAGUCGAUGAGUUUUGGCGCAAGGUACCUGGCUGGGAGAAUGUGACAGUGAACGAAUUCAUCAGCUAUCGAUGGAGUGUCAAGAACCUGGUUGAAGGACCAAAAAAGUUGCGCAACUUUCUCGAAAGGGUUUUGCCCAAGGAAGUUCCUGCUCUUGGCAAUACCGAGAAAAUGGAAACCCGCGAACAGCUGGUCCAAGACGUCUUUGACGGGGUUUCGGAUGCAACCAUGUCUGUUCGUGUAAUGCCGUACACCCUUAGCCGCAUCAACUGGAGCAAUCCUCGUAAUGAUCCCAUAUUUAGACAAUUCAUACCAACCCGCACAAUCAUGCAACCUGACCACCCAGGGCUGGUGCUUGACUCGUUGGAAGAGAAAGCAGACUCGCCUGUUGAUGGCUUGGUUCACCGAUAUCCUGAUAAGGCUCUGUUUCUCCCUCUCUCCGUCUGCCCGACCUACUGCAUCUUCUGCACUCGCUCUUAUGCGGUCGGCGCCAACACCGAGAGCGUCGAGAAAGCAUCCCUCAAGCCGGGGCGCGCACGAUGGGAGGAGGUAUUCGCCUACAUCGAGCGCACGCCAGAGAUCCAGGACAUUAUGAUUGGCGACCGACUGAUCUCGAUACCUCACAUCCGCCGCUUCAGAUUCGCUUCAAAGGGCCUCGCCGUGUGUCCAACCCGCAUCCUGGACCCCAACGACGUCUGGACCGACACAAUCAUCUCGGUCUCGGACAAAUCACGCCGAGCCGGCAAGGCCAUGGCCCUCCACACGCACUUCAACCACCCGAACGAGAUUUCCUGGAUUACAGAGAGAGCCAGCCGACGACUAUUUGAAGCAGGGGUGAUGGUACGGAACCAGUCGGUCCUGCUGCGGGGGAUCAACGACGACGUCGCGACGAUGUCGGCUCUGAUCCGGAAGCUGGCAGACAACAACAUCUUCCCGUAUUACGUCUACCAGCACGACAUGGUGCGGAAAUCAGAGCACCUUCGCACGCCGCUGCAGACGAUCCUCGACCUGGAAGCCGGCAUCAGGGGCACGAUUGCCGGGUUCAUGACGCCGCAGUUCGUCGUCGACCUCCCCGGGGGCGGCGGCAAGCGGCUGGCGAGCACGUACAGGUCGUACGACCGCAAGACGGGCAUAUCGACGUUUGCGGCACCGGCCGUGACGGGUCGCGACAAGGAGAACAAGGUGUACGAGUACCACGACCCGAUCGACUCGCUUGCGGGCCGGCGAGACUCUGGCGUGAGGGAAGUCGAGUUACAAUCAUUGGACUGA